AUGUCUGAUGCAGCUACAAUGGAUGCGAUCUUCCACGGAAAGUAUCAGCUAGUAUUCUUUACACCUGAAAUGAUCAUCAGCAAGAAGCAUUGGAGAAGACUUCUGGGGGGAGAUGUGUAUGCUAAUAGACUCAAGGCUUUGAUAAUCGAUGAAGCUCAUUGUGUGAAGAAAUGGGGUGAGACUUUCAGGCAAAUGCUGUUGAGAAUUAGAGAAGUGCGCAGCCUCAUUCCAACAUCAGUUCAUGUGAUGGCGCUAACAGCAACAGCUACCCGAAGUGACAUUUCAUUCAUUUCUCGUAUUGUUGGCCUAAGAAACCCAUUUGUCAUUACGAGAGUCCCAGUAAUCCCAAAUUUGAUUUAUGCUGUUGGAUUGUUCAAAAGUAUACCAGAGACAUUCCAAAACUUGGCCCAGAAAUUGGAUUACCUUGGAGCUGCAUUCACAAAUCCUGAUGAUGCACCUGAUCUUCCUGAAUUUCGCCUCGUGGACAUGUUUACAAGUGUCACUGAUCCAGCCCAUAAAUCUGAAAUCAUUCGUUUAUUUAAGGGUGAUGGCAAUCUUCGCAUUGUUGUAGCUACUAUGGAAUUUGGUAUGGGUGUUGAUUGUCCCAACAUUCGGUAA